AUGUCCCGACGCAGUGCCAGGAUAAUUUCCAGACAGACGACGACUGACGUGCCCGAGAAAACAUCGAUUACUACGAAAAAGCAAAGUCGAAGACAAGAUCGGCUUACCGUUAUCCACACUGUCGUCUCCUCGCCAACUCAGACUGAAGAAGAUAACAACAUCAAGAGUACGAGCAGACGUUCAGCGGAGAGCGUGCCUCUAUACGACAGCGAUUCCUCGGUAAAGAAUACCGCACAUCGCAAAUCAGUCAAGCCACGACAUCGAAAACUCAAACCAGAACCCGUAUACGAUAUCCCUGAUGUGGAGAAGAAGGAAACAAAGUUCAAAGGAAGGCUUGGGUAUGCAUGUCUCAAUACAAUCAUGCGAAAUAAAAGGCCAGCAAGCGAGUCUGUCUUUUGCUCGAGAACGUGUCGAAUCGAUUCUAUCAAAAAGAACGGGAUAGAAUGGGUCAAAGAGCUCGGCCGCAAAAACGUCGAAGAUCUUUUGAAAAUAAUCCAAUGGAAUGAGGAUAACAAAAUACGCCUUUUCCGGCUCUCUUCGGAGAUGUUUCCUUUUGCGUCCCACCCAAUAUACGGCUAUUCCCUCGAGUACUGCUCUCCCCUCCUCGCUCAAGCCGGUGAAUUAGCGCAGAAAUAUGGUCACCGUUUGACAUCUCAUCCCGGACAAUUUACACAGCUGGGCAGCCCAAAGCCCGGUGUUGUAGAAGCAUCUGUCAGGGAGUUAGAGUACCAUUCAGAAAUGCUCGAUCUCAUGGGUGUUGGCCGUGACGGGGUUUUGGUCAUUCACGGAGGCGGUGUGUACGACGACAAGACGGCGACUCUCAAAAGGAUAAAAAAGACGAUACAGGACACCCUUCCUCAGCGGGUCAGAGAACGUCUGGUGUUGGAAAAUGACGAGCUUUGUUAUAGUGCAGAAGAUCUCCUGCCUUUGUGCGAAGAACUCGACGUGCCUCUCGUGUUUGACUAUCACCACGAUUCACUAAAUCCCUCUUCCAUUUCUCCCAGCGAAAUCAUCAAGCGGUCGAACCAAAUAUUUCAUCGCAGGGGAAUCACGCCGAAGCAACACCUGUCGGAACCAAGACCUGGAACAGUGACCAUCAUGGAGAAACGAGCACACGCCGAUCGUUGUAGUUCUUUACCCACAGAAUUAGAACAGGAAGGCGUGUCUAUGGAGGUGGACCUGAUGAUCGAAGCCAAGGAUAAAGAACAAGCCGUGUUAGAACUGUAUAGGAUGUAUGGAUUAGAGGAGGUCAAACAUGAGUCUCUCAGACCUCCUAAUGAGCUCCAGACCAAGGAGACGAAGGGGCGUAAGUCUAACAAGAGAAGAAAGGCCAGAGACAAUGAUCAGAGUGAUGGACCAAUUGAAGAGGGAUUUGAAAAGGUGGCAAGUUCCAGGCAGAAGAGGAGGAGGAAGAAUCCAGCUGAGUGA